AUGCUGACUCAUCGCACCGCAACCCAGCUAGGCCAGAGAUCAGAUCAGCCUCGUUAUCUUGCCUCUUAUAUGCAUGCGGGUAUGGUAGAGCGUCAAACUAACCGAGAUGUAUCGCACCAAUUCGCGCGCAACGGUGCGAAGGCCAUCUAUAUCUGCGACUUCACGAGCACACACCUUCCCACCCACGCCCGGGAAAUCAAGUCCCUCUACCCCUCUGUCGACGUGCACACGCGCACCUUUGACGCAGCAGAUGAAGCUGCGCUGAAGGCUGUGAUUGACGAGGCCAUCCAGAACUACGGGCGGCUCGACAUCUUUUUCGCCAAUGCUGGAAUCUCAGGCUCUAACGUUCCCUUCACGGAAGUGACAGGUGAGCAAUUCGCGGAGACGCUGCGGAUCAACACAGUUGGUGUGUUUUUAGCCGCAAAGCAUGCUAGUCUGGCAAUGAGGAAGACUAGUCCCGAGAAGAAAUACCCUGGAGGCAGUAUUAUAGCUACAGCGAGUGUGGCGGGGUUGAGGUCGAAUGCGGGGGCGACGGAUUACAGCGCGAGCAAGGCGGCUGUUGUAUCUAUUGCACAAACUGUGGCUUUCCAAUUGGCUGGGACGGGGAUCCGGAUUAACGCGAUCUGCCCCGGGGUGGUAGAGACGGGGAUGACAGCUGCGAUGUACGAGGCUGCGCGGGCGAGGGGGACGGAGCGGAAGAUUGGGCAACUGAAUCCACUGCAGCGCGGUGCCGUGGCAGAUGAGAUUGCACGGGUUGCGCUGUUCUUGGGAAGCGAUGAGAGUAGUUACGUGAACGGGCAGGCGUGGGCGGUUUGCGGUGGACUCAGUGCUGGUCAUCCUGUGGUUCCCGGAAAGUUGGCUUGA